CACUGGGACCCAUGAAAACUUCCAGAAACUUUGAAGUUCAAUUCUGACUGGAAUUCUUGGGAGGUUUGUGCCAGUCCCUGUCAGGGACUGAUGUUCAGGGCCUCAGCACCAAGGCCCGAGAGGGUCAUUCCAGUCCUUGUGCUGUGUGUGUGCUGCUGAGCUGGGCCGGGCUCCUGGCACAGAGGCAGCUCCUGGCAAGCGGCAGCGCUGCAGAGAGACAGCUCUGGCCAGGAGCAGCUCCUGGGCACAGCCCAGCAGGGCUGGGGCACUGCCUGCAGCCAGCCCGGGCACAGCACAGAGGCACACAGGGCUUAAACUCAGCCGGGGCUGGGAAGGGGCUGGGAAGUGACUGCGGGAGAAUCACUCCCAGCCCCUGGCACAGGAAGCCUCUGGCUGCAGGACACGGCAGCUGCAGCUCCUGGAGGGAUCUCCUAAAGCUGCAGCAUCCCAGUGCCUACGGAUUCUGUGCCCAUGGCCAGACACAGCCAAUGUCCAACAGCAGCUCCAUCAGCCCCUUCCUCCUGCUGGCAUUGGCAGACACGCGGCAGCUGCAGCUCCUGCACUUCUGCCUCUUCCUGGGCAUCUCCCUGGCUGCCCUCCUGGGCAACAGCCUCAUCAUCAGCGCCGGAGCCUGCGGCCAGCACCUGCACAGCCCCAUGUUCUUCUUCCUGCUCAGCCUGGCCCUCACCGACCUGGGCUCCAUCUGCACCACUGUCCCCAAGGCCAUGCACAAUUCCCUCUGGGGCACCAGGCACAUCUCCUACUCAGCGUGUGCUGCUCAGGUGUUUUUCUUUCUGUUCUUCCUCUCAGCAGAGUAUUUCCUCCUCACCAUCAUGUGCUACGAGCGCUACGUGUCCAUCUGCAAAGCCCUGCACUACGGGACCCUCCUGGGCAGCAGAGCUUGUGCCCACAUGGCAGCAGCUGCCUGGGCCAGUGCCUUUCUCUACGCUCUCAUGCACAUGGCCAAUACAUUUUCCCUGCCCCUGUGCCAGGGCAAUGCCCUGGGCCAGUUCUUCUGUGAAAUCCCACACAUCCUCAAGCUCUCCUGCUCCAAAUCCCACCUCAGGGAACUUGGGCUCAUCGCUGUCAGCGUCUGUUUGCUCUUUGGCUGUUUUGUGUUCACUGUUUUCUCCUAUGUGCAGAUCUUCAGGGCUGUGCUGAGGAUCUCCUCUGAGCAGGGCCGGCACAAAGCCUUUUCCACGUGCCUCCCUCACCUGGCCGUGCUCUCUCUGUUCCUCAGCACUUCAGCAUUUGCUCACCUGAAGCCCCCCUCCAUCUCCUCGUCAUCCCUGGAUGUGGCAGUGUCAGUUCUGUACUCGGUGGUGCCUCCAGCCCUGAACCCCCUCAUCCACAGCCUGAGGAACCAGGAGCUCUGGGAUACCCUGAGGAAAAUGAUGACUGGAUUUUUUCAGCAGCAAUGAAGUGCUGGUUUUGUUCUCCACAGCUGCAGUGUAACUCA